AUGGUUUAUGAGGGUUAUGUUGGAGAAAAUGCUUCUUCAUCAUCAUCAUCAUCAAGGUCCUCAUCGGAAUCGGAAUCCGCUGCAUCAGCAUCGGCAUCCGCAUCGGCACCCCAAGAUCAAGAAUUAGGGUUUAGGAUCGAUCUUGAUUGGACGGCUGGUGAUGAUGAAGAUCAGGUGGCUUUGAGGCUGCAAUCGCAGAUAAUGGUAGCUCUGCCAAUGCCUCAGGACUCGGUGGUCGUGGAAUUGAAGGCGGGGAAGGAGGUUGAAGGCAAUGUGGGUGUGGAUAUGAAGGUUUUGAAGCGGAGAGAGCCGCUUAGGGCAGUGAGGUUGAUGAGGGUUGGGGGUUCUGGGCAGCAGAGUGAAGGAAUUGGAGUGCUUACGAGGCUGUUGAAGUCAAAUUUUGUGCCGCCGGGGGCAGCGGCAGGGACUUCUUUGUCUGGGAGUGGUGGAGAUGGGGUGGUGGGUUUUGCUAAUCAUUGGAUGAGUGUUGUUGUGGUAAACCUCAAUGGUUGUGGAUUGUCGGUAUUGCCAGUAGAGUUAACUCAGCUGCCACUUCUUGAGAAGCUAUACCUUGAUAACAACAAGCUUUCAGUUUUGCCAUCUGAGCUAGGCAAUCUGAAAAAGUUAAAAGUUCUCAGGGUUGACAACAAUAUGCUGGUUUCAGUACCUGUUGAAUUGAGACAAUGCAUUGGACUCGAGGAAUUAUCAUUGGAGCACAACAAGCUUGUCCGACCUCUUCUUGAUUUCAGGGCUAUGUCCGAGUUACGUGUUCUUAGACUGUUUGGUAAUCCCCUUGAAUUCCUUCCUGAAAUUUUGCCAUUACACAAACUUCGCCACUUGUCUCUGGCGAACAUCAGAAUAGUAGCUGAUGAAAAUCUAAGAUCAGUGAAUGUGCAGAUAGAGAUGGAGAACAGUUCUUACUUUGGUGCAUCUCGACACAAACUGAGCGCCUUCUUCUCUCUUAUAUUUCGUUUUUCUUCUUGCCAUCACCCACUCAUAGCAUCUGCUCUUGCGAAGAUAAUCCAAGACCAAGGAAACCGUGUAUUUGUUGGCAAAGACGAGAAUGCUGUCCGGCAGCUCAUAAGUAUGAUAAGUAGUGAUAAUCGCCAUGUGGUUGAACAAGCAUGCUCGGCUCUUUCAUCUCUUGCUGCUGAUGUUUCUGUGGCAAUGCAGUUGAUGAAAUCAGACAUCAUGCAACCAAUUGGGAUUGUGUUGAAAUCCGUUGGCCCUGAAGAACUAAUUUCUAUGUUGCAAGUUGUUGUCAACUUGGCUUUUGCAUCUGAUACUGUGGCUCAAAAGAUGUUGACCAAGGAUUUACUGAAAUCAUUGAAAUUGUUAUGUGCCCAUAAAAACCCAGAGGUCCAAAGGUUAGCUUUAGUAGCAGUUGGAAAUCUAGCCUUUUGCUUGGAGAACCGUCGUACACUUGCUACUUCUGAAAGUUUGCGGGAACUUCUUUUACGGCUGACAGUUGCAUCUGAGCCACGUGUCAAUAAAGCUGCUGCUCGUGCUUUGGCAAUUCUUGGAGAGAAUGAGAUUCUGCGGCGCGCCAUUAGAGGGAGACCUGUUCCAAGGCAAGGAUUGCGUAUACUUUCGAUGGAUGGGGGUGGUAUGAAAGGUAUGGCAACUGUACAGAUGUUAAAAGAAAUCGAGAAAGGAACUGGGAAACAGAUACAUGAGGUCUUUGACCUUAUAUGUGGCACAUCAACGGGUGGUAUGCUUGCUGUUGCUCUUGCAAUCAAACUAAUGUCCCUGGAAAAAUGUGAAGAAAUAUACAAAAAUCUCGGAAAACUUGUCUUUGCUGACCCUGUGCCGAAGGAUAACGAAGCAGCAACUUGGAGAGAGAAGUUGGACCAGCUUUACAAAAGCUCAUCGCAAAAUUUUAGAGUUGUUGUACAUGGAUCUAAACACAGUGCUGAUCAGUUUGAGAGAUUGCUGAAGGAGCUGUGUGCUGAUGAGGAUGGUGAUCUCUUGAUAGAGUCGGCAGUGAAAAACAUUCCCAAAGUUUUUAUAGUAUCAACUCUGGUCAGCAUGGCGCCAGCUCAACCUUUUAUAUUCCGCAAUUACCAGUACCCUGCUGGCACACCAGAGAUACCUUUUGCAGUUUCAGAAGGUUCAGCAACUAGUGGCCUAGGAACCACUAAUGCCAGUCCUCAGGUUGGAUACAAACACAGUGCUUUUAUGGGAAGUUGUAAGCAUCGCAUAUGGAAAGCUAUAAGAGCAUCAUCAGCAGCUCCAUAUUAUCUUGAUGAUUUCUCUGAUGAUGCGUAUCGGUGGCAAGAUGGUGCUCUUGUAGCAAAUAAUCCUACCAUAUUUGCCAUACAAGAAGCUCAACUAUUAUGGCCAGAUACAAAAAUUGACUGUUUAGUUUCCAUUGGAUGUGGUUCAGUUCCAACUAAGGUUCGGAGGGGUGGAUGGCGUUAUUUGGAUACUGGUCAAGUGUUGAUUGAGAGUGCGUGCACAGUGGACCGGGUGGAGGAAGCUUUAAGUGCAUUGCUUCCAAUGCUUCCUGAAAUACAUUAUUUUCGUUUCAAUCCAGUGGAUGAACGGUGUGGUAUGGAGAUGGAUGAGACUGAUCCUACAGUCUGGCUGAAGUUAGAGGCUGCAACAGAGGAGUACAUCCAAAACAACUCUUCUGCAUUCAAGAGUGUUUGUGAAAGACUGCUGCAGAAUCAGCAUGAUGAAAAGUGUUUGAAUGCCAAGGCUACAAAUGCUGCUAUAGUGCUAAAUGAGAAAAGCCCCUCUUUGGGUUGGAGACGUAAUGUGUUACUUGUGGAAGCUUCUCAUAGUCUUGAUUCAGGAAGAGUUUUUCAUCAUGCUCGGUCACUAGAGACAUUCUGUAGUCAAAAUGGAAUUAGAUUGUCUCUUAUGAAUGGGAUAUCAGGAACUUUCAAGUCUGUACCUGGUAAAAAAGUCCCAACACCAUUUUCAUCACCUCUGUUCACUGGGAGCUUUCCAUCAAGCCCACUUCUAUACAGUCCCGAUCUUGGUCCUCAGAGGAUUGGUAGAAUAGAUUUGGUUCCACCUUUAAGCUUGGAUGGACUUCAAUCUGGAAAAACAUUUUCUUCACCACCCGAGUCUCCCCCGGUACCCAGGCAGCUCUCUUUGCCUGUCAAAUCAUUGCAUGAGAAAUUACAGAAUUCACCACAAGUUGGAAUUGUACACUUGGCUUUGCAGAAUGACACAAGUGGCUCAAUAUUAAGCUGGCAGAAUGAUGUGUUUGUGGUUGCUGAACCUGCGGGAGAACUUGCAGAUAAGUUUGUACAGAGUGUAAAAGUUAGCUUGCUGUCAAUGAUGAGGGCCAGGCGGAGGAAGUUUACAUCAGCCAUUAACAACAUAUCAACUGUUGCUGAAUUAGUAGCAUGUAGGCCGCACUUCCAGAUUGGAUGCAUUGUCCACCGGUAUAUUGGACGCCAAACACAAGUUAUGGAAGAUGAUCAGGAAAUUGGGGCAUUUAUGUUCCGUAGAACAGUCCCUUCUAUGCACUUUACUCCUGAUGAUGUUCGUUGGAUGGUUGGAGCUUGGAGGGACAGGAUCAUAAUCUGCACUGGUACAUAUGGGCCUACCCCGACUUUAAUUAAGGCCCUUAUAGACUCCGGUGCAAAAGCUUGUUUGUAUGCCCUUCUGCUGAACCCCAAGAAAUGGCAGUUAACAACACUUCGGUAUGGCGACUUUAAUGCUUUGGAGAACGGGAAGUUUGAGAUUGGAGAGGAAGAAAUGGAAGACGAGGAGGCAGAGCCUGCCAGUCCAGGGAGUGACUGGGAAGAUAGCGAACCUGAGAAAAGCGGGGAGCACUCGAUGGGAUUUUGGGACAAUGAUGAAGAGGAAUUGUCUCAGUUUGUCUGUCAAUUGUAUGAUUCAUUGUUUCGGGAAGGUGCAAGAGUAGAUGUCGCCCUCCAACACGCUCUUGCCUCACAUCGGAAGCUGAGGUACUCGUGCCAUCUUCCCAGUAUACCAUAAUUUUAUUGAAUAGCAUUUAUACAAGAAUAUACAAAUUCAAACAAAAGAAAAGGAAAAGACAACAGAAGGAAAUAGAGGAGAUAAUAUAGAUUUAUGAGUGAAAUAAUCUGUGAGAUAAUAAGAGGGAACAUUCAAUUUUGAGGCUUACAAAUUUAUCUGUUGUUUGUCAUCAUAAAUUCAAUCAAGUGUUUUUUUGGGGGGAGUAUAUAUAUGUAUCUGUAAGACCUGCUAUAUUGUAUGGUAAUAUGGAUGUUCGGCAAAUAAGAAAAAAAAUGUCAGAAAAAUGAGAAUAUUGUGAUGA